AUGGCCACAAAAGAGGGGAAGGCAUUUAAGCCAGGUGUUCUGCUGAAAACACCAAAAGGAACGCGCGAUUGGGUAGGCGCCGACCUGCUUCUAAGAGACCACAUUUUCAAUACCAUCAGCAACAUCUUCAAACGCCACGGCGGGACGCCCCUCGACACACCCGUCUUCGAACUCAAGGAGAUCCUCGCCGAGAAAUAUGGCGAAGACUCAAGACUCAUGUACGACCUACAAGACCAAGGCGGCGAGCUCUGCUCCCUGCGCUUUGACCUUACGGUCCCAUUCGCGCGCUGGGUGGCCAUGAACAACGUCACGCAGGUGAAGCGGUAUCAAAUCUCCAAGGUAUACCGGCGAGAUCAGCCCGCGAUAGCCCGCGGCCGAUUGCGGGAGUUCUAUCAGUGCGAUUUCGAUAUUGCGGGGCAAUGUGAUCCGAUGAUUGCGGAUGCGGAGAUUAUGUGUGUUGUUGUAGAGGUGUUCGAGGCGCUGCAGUUAGACAUCACCAUCAAAUUCAAUCAUAGACGGAUAUUGGAUGGACUUUUUGCAGUCGCGGGGGUGCCGGAUGACAAGAUUCGGGCUAUUAGCUCGGCGGUGGAUAAGCUGGAUAAGAUACCGUGGGUCGAGGCCAAAAAGGAGAUGGUCGAGGAUAAGGGUCUGCCCGAGGAGGUUGCGGAUCGAAUUGGCGGAUAUGUCCAGCACAGCGGGAACAUUAGCGAGAUGUUGGAGUUCCUGAAGUCAGACGAAAAGCUCAUGGCGAACGAGAACGUGAAAGCGGGAGUUGCUGAUAUUAGUCUUCUGGUCUCUUACUUGGAGGCCAUGGAUGUCGCUAACAAGGUGUCUUUCGACCUUUCGCUGGCUCGAGGCCUAGACUACUACUCCGGGUUGAUUUUCGAGAUCAUCAUGACACCGCCCAACAUAAAGGGUCCGACAAAUCCCAAUGACUUAGGGGCACCGAGUCUAGAAUCAAAGCCUAGAAACGCAUCCUCACAACCACAAGUCGGCAGCAUAGCCGCAGGCGGCCGCUAUGACAAUCUCGUCGGCAUGUACGGCAAACGUCCAAUCCCGUGUGUCGGUAUAUCCUUCGGCAUCGACCGCAUCUACACGCUGCUCGACGUGCGGCGCGAGAAGAAGCCCUCCGCGUUGACUCAAGAGAUCGAUGUGUAUGUCAUGGCGUUCGGCGGCAAGGAUUUUGGUGGCCUGCUGCCCGAGCGCAUGAGCAUUGCUCGUCUGUUGUGGAACGCGGGCAUCCGCGCAGAGUUCUCGGCGAAGGUCAUACCGAAAUUGACGCAGCAAUUCAAGGCGGCGAAGGAUGUGCCGCUUGCUGUUAUACUUGGGGAGGAUGAGCUGGCUGCUGGGCAGGUUAGGCUGAAGGCUUUGGGGUCUGGUGAUGAUGAGGCGAAGCAGAAGGAUCGGGGGCUGUUGAUUUAUAAGAAGGAUUUGGUUGAGGAAGUGAAGAAGCUGCUGACGGCUAUUGUCCAGGCGUGA